AAUAGUCGAGACGAAAAUUCCUGAUAUUUGGCGACGAAGACACAAAAGUACGCUUAUCAAAGAUGGCGACUUCUGCUUUGCAAUUAAACAAAAUAUUUUGUACAAUUUUAGGUACUAUACUUGUUUGUACUUUUCCCAAAAACGUUUAUGGCUUACUGUGCCUGGUGAUAUUCAUUAUCUUAUUAUUUUUUUAAGGUCCCCGUCAAAAGAUAGCAUUAAAUUUGCGUUUUGCUACAACUUUAAAUUUGGCCCAGACCUGUAAAGCUGGAAGACAGAAAUUUAGGGAAAUUAAGGUGGGUUAUUCUUGAAAGUAGGUUACAGUAUCAUACCUCUGGACAGACCCCAGUACUUGGAGUAACAGGGGGGAAGUCAAUUUCACAUGAAUUAACAUUUUCCUUUUUAAUUUAUUAGCCUUGUGUGGCUGCUGAAAUUCAAAUUAUACACCCCUGGGUAGAACCCCAGCUCUGAGAUCAACAGGGGGUGGGCAGCAGUUGCAUUUUAUAAUCACUGGGUCAUUCCACAAAACACCCAUCCCUCCCCCACAGAGGAAAUUGGAAGUUAACCCCCCCCCCCCCCCAAUACCAAUGGGGGGUAGUGAAUGUCAAUCUUUUUUGGAACGGCCCAAUUUUUUUCCAGCCUUAAAAUCAAAUCUAUUUUUACAAACCCCCUGGAAAGACCAGGAUUAAUAGGGGGUGGUGGUAGCAGUUAAUUUCUUUUUAUCUAUUCUUUCUUUUUAUCUUUUCAGUAGAAAUCCAAUAUUCACUUUUAUACACUUCCCCCUGGAUAGACCAGAGUACUGGGAUAGACAGGGGGGUUGGCAAUCAAUCCUACAUGACAUCAUUUAUCUUUUCUUCCUAGCCUCGGCCACAUAAGCUACGUUUAGCAGCGGAAAUCCGAGAUCUAUUCCACAACAAUGAAAUGGUCGCAGUUCUAAGUUACUUUGACAUGAAAAAUGUUGAAUGGAAUGAACUUGUUUACGAAGUGGGCAAAAGUAACAUCAACUUUCUCUUUCUACCCAACAAGAUCGUUCACCGAGCUUUAGACAGCACAGCUUACGUCAAUAUUUGCCCACUGUUCAUAAGUACUACAGUUGUUGCAUAUUCCAAAGAUAUCCAAAUUAAAGGACUACUCAGUGCGUUAAAAGGUCAAAGGAAAGUUCAGUUACUUGGUGGAAAAGUUAACGAUCGAUUAUUCGGAUUAGACAAGUUAACCUGGGUGUCAAAAUUGCCUCCACUAGAACAACUCCAUCAUGAGAUUUCAAUGACAUUAUCCCAACCAGGGCAAAAUAUUAGACAGUUGUUAACGAGAAAUCAGCAAGUGCUCUCACAAAAUCUAGAAAUGUUAGCUAGUCCAGAGGAGAAAUAACUAUGUGAUGUAAUGUUGUAUAUACAAGAACUAAGAUAAAGUAUUUCUAUUAUGUAAAAUGUUGAAAAUAUUGAAAUGCUAAAUAAAAGUUUUUUGUUUGUAA